CGAAUUGAAUGCAUGCACUGACUUUAUUAUUGUAGUCAUACGCUGGCUGACGUAUGAAAGCAGAGGAAAAUGGCCAACCAUAAAAUGUCUCUUGCCUUUAGCAAUCAUAGAGGACUGAUGCCUUUAUCGUACACUGAUAUACGCAGGUGAGCUGACAUAUCUUGACUUACUUCCUUCACUCACACCAAUUUUGUCACGGUGAAUAAAUCAGUCAGCUGCACCAAAGUUAUCACAGUGAAUAAAUCAGUCACUAACACCAAAGUUAUCACAGGGAAUACCUAAAUCAGUCACACAAACCAAAGUUAUCAAAGUGAAUAAGUCAGCCAGCUGCAUCAAAGUUAUCACAGUGAAGAAAUCAGUCAGCUGCACCAAUGUUAUCAAAGUGAAUAAGUCAGUCAGCUGCACCAAAGUUAUCACAGUGAAUAAAUCAGUCAGCUGCACCAAUGUUAGCACAGUGAAUAAAUCAGUCAGCUGCACCAAAGUUAUCACAGUGAAUAAGUCAGUCAGCUGCACCAAUGUUAUCAAAGUGAAUAAAUCAGUCAGCUGCACCAAAUUUAUCACAGUGAAUAAAUCAGUCAGCUGCACCAAAGUUAUCACAGUGAAUAAAUCAGUCAGCUGCACCAAAGUUAUCACAGUGAAUAAAUCAGUCAGCUGCACCAAAGUUAUCACAGUGAAUAAAUCAGUCAGCUGCACCAAAGUUAUCACAGUGCUAUAGAAAGGCGUAUUAAACUAAGGCAUCUUGUCUAGUCCGCUAGUCCCGGGACACUCGUGUGUCUCACUUUUACUUCACCAUGCGUCACCACAUUCUACGAAACUGUGACAGUUGUUACUAUACUGCGCUUAUAAUACUUGCUAUAAGAUAAUACACCAAACUUAACUGUAAUUGACAACACUUCACUAUUCUCCACAUCAAAAAAAUAUCCUAUAAGAUACGGUAGAUAAAAAAAACUUCACUUUAAUUUACAACACUUCACUCUUCUCCACAUCGAAAACUACACUGUAAGAUGGCUCACCAAGCUUCACUGUAAUUCACUGCACUUCACUAUUCUCCAUAUCGAAAAGUACAUUGUAAGAUAGCUCACUAAGCUUCACUGUAAUUCACUAUUCUCCAUAUCGAAAAGUACACUUUAAGAAAGCUCACUAAGUUUUACUGUAAUUCACUGCACUUCACUAUUCUCCAUAUCGAAAAGUACACUUUAAGAUAGCUCACUAAAACUUCACUGUAAUUCCCUCAUCUCCACCAUUCAUCUCUAAACGUAUCUUUAUGCUCUACAAUCAGCCAUACUAUAUUUAACUUCAUCGUUCUCCACCAUAGUCUGCCAUAGUCUGCCACUGUCUUCCAUAGUCUGCCACUUUCUUCCAUAGUCGGCCAUAGUCUGUGAUAGUCUGCCAUAGUCUGCCAUAGUCUGUCAUAGUCUGUGAUAGUCUGCCAUAGUCUGCCAUAGUCUGCCAUAGUCUGCCAUAUGUGAUAGUCUGCCAUAGUCUGUGAUAGUCUGCCAUAGUCUUCCAUAUGUGAUAGUCUGCCAUAGUCUGCCAUAGUCUGCCAUAUGUGAUUGUCUGCCAUAGUCUGCCAUAGUCUGCCAUAGUCUGCCAUAUGUGAUUGUCUUCCAUAGUCUGCCAUAGUCUGCUAUAGUCUGCCAUUGUCUGCCAAUAGUCUGCCAUAGUCUGUGAUAGUCUGCCAUAUUCUUCCAUAUGUGCUCGUCUGCCAUCGUCUGCCAUAGUCUGCCAUAUGUGAUUGUCUGCCAUAGUCUGCCAUAGUCUGCCAUAGUCUGCCAUAUGUGAUUGUCUGCCAUAGUCUGCCAUAGUCUGUGAUAGUCUGCCAUAGUCUGCCAUAGUCUCCCAUAGUCUGCCAUAUGUGAUAGUCUGCCAUAGUCUGUCUGCCAUAUGUGAUAGUCUGCCAUAGUCUGUCUGCCAUAGUCUGCCAUAGUAUAAUGAUCACUACUACACAUUCAGAGUCCAAGUUAUCAAAUAACUAGAACAACUUUUAUUUGUUUUUAUUUUAAUUUUUCGUCAACCAUAAACAGCUAUCGGUCGUUUUGAAUUCAAGUCAGUCUGGCAAAAAAUAUUUUCUGGAUCGCUGCUGCAAAAAAGUUAUUUAUUAAGUAGUACUGCAAUUACACCCACAGAUAGUUAACAUUUCGACAUUUUGAAAUAAAUUCAAGAGAUAACGCCAGCAAAAUCUUCACCUAUAUAUAGAUAUUUAUAUAUAUAUAUUUUUUUUUUUCAAUGCUCGGUUCGUCGACCGUGCCCGGCAGACAAGCUGCUGAAAGUGCAGCAGGACGGCUCCAGAAGAUCUUAAAGAAACACGGUUCAUGUAAAGGUAAUGUGUGCGAUGCUACGUUACACACCCUAUACACAGAAGAGUGUGUGUUCUGUUCUGUAUGUGUGAUGAUAUGUUGCGCGCAUAUUAACUGUGUGCUAGGCAGUGGCGUACUCAGGGUUGGUGUCGCACGGGGCGGGCCAGGGUUUUCGCCGGCCCCAUUCGACGAAAAAACGAAAAAAUGUCGCCCCUCAAUGUGAAGAAAGACCGACCCCCAACCCCCUUCAAACGCCAACGGGCGAUGUGUGUUUUGUAUAUGAGAUGAUAUUUUACAGACACAACAAACAAUCAAGUAAAUAUAUGUAAUAUAUACUUUAAUUGAUGAAGAAGGUGUGUUUAUAGUCGUUCAACUCAACGCCUUACAAAAGUUUGUUGUUUAGAGUUUAGACAACCGACAGUCACUUCUAAUUCUUAGAGUGACACAUAGGCAGACUAGAAUUCCGUUUAAAUCCUAGACUUGGUAGACACAAAUCUCCUAGAAAUACUCAAAUCUUUGGAUACAUUUUCACCCCCCUCCCCCCAAAAAAAUAAAAAAAUAAAAUAAAAUAAAUAAAUACAAAUAAAUAAAUGUAUAUAUAAUGGUUAAGUAGGUGUCAUUUUGUGAGCGGCUUUUUCCUCUGUGAUUCAAUGGGUAAUGACAAUAACACUGGGGCACAGCAGGUUUCAUAGAGUUACAACGACUACAUCAAUAACACUAGAGAGUACUAAUCGACAAAUGUCCCGAGACUUAGCACAGAGAAGAAAACCCGCUUCACGCAAUGACCACUACCCGCCACUGCGAAAGUCUCAAUAGAUCUACCUAAACAUCCUUAACACACAUCAUUUAGAUCAUUGUAUAAUCUAUACUAUUUGAUAGUACCGUUCGGGAAGUCGCCCCCUUCGCACCCAAUGGGUACUCCAUGGACAUAUCCCUCCAAGUUGUUGGCAACAUCUGGCGUGCGCGUGACGCAACCAAUUUCCCACCUUAAUAGAAAAUUCCAGCAAGAAAAAUGUCCCCACCUUAAUAGAAAAUUCAACCAAGAAAAAUUUCCCAUAUUAAUAGAAAAUUCUACCCAAAAAAUGCCCACUUUAAUUUAAAGUUUAAACAACUUCCCACGUUAAUAAUAUUAAUAGAAAAUUCCACCUAGAAAAUACCAAGAACACUUGUUCCCAUUAUUAAGAUAAACCUUAUUAUAUUCAACACUCUUCGUGAGAAAAUUUCCAGUCUUUCCGCUCUCUCCUGGGCACUCACCAUUGCCACAAACGGGGCACACCGGCUCCGAGAGAUAUAGGAAGGAACAGUAGACUUACUUUCAAUUCAUGCUUCAUUCACUUGGUCAUUUACAGUAGACAGUGACGCCAAGCUGACGGGGCUGGACGAGGACCAAGUCAAGUUGGUCAUCUCGACGUGGAGUUACAUGGUCCAGUACCAGGACGUGCUAGGAUGUCAGCUGCUGAAAUAGUUCGUACCUUCUUGUUACAUUUUUCAACCGUGAUUGGUACUUUGUUCUUAAAGGUCCCCAUCGUGAUUGAUACUUUGUUCUUAAAGUUCCCAAUCAUGAUUGCUACUUUGUCUUACAGAUAGUUUUUUUUCCUUUACAUUUAUAUAUUUUUAAAAAAAAAUCUUUAUUUAAAUAUUCCCUUUUUCGAGUUCUUUUGUGUGCUAACUACUAUUUGCCAGCUUUCAAGUUUUAUCUGAAUAAUUGAGCCACGUCGUAUGUAUCUCUUUAUCACCAAAGAAAACAGUUUUGUAUGCAAUGUACGAGAACAGAUUUGUACUAAAAUGUAAGAGAGCAGUUUUGUACUGCUAUGUACGAUAACAUAUUUGUACUGCAAUGUAAGAGAGUAGUUUUGUACUGCUAUGUACGAGAACAGAUUUUUACUGCAAUGUAAGAGAACAGUUUUGUACUGUAAUGUAAGAGAACAGUUUUGUACUGUAAUGUAAGAGAACAGUUUUGUACUGCAAUGUAAGAGAACAUUUUUGUACUGCAAUGUAAGAGAACAUUUAUUUUGUACUGCAAUGUAAGAGAACAGUUUUGUACUACAAUGUAAGAGAACAGUUUUGUACUACAAUGUAAGAGAACAGUUUUGUACUGAAAUGUGCGACCCGCUGAAAGGUGGUGCAAAGAACCUCCCCCUCCCCAACUGCAAAAAAUUAUUAUUUAAAUAAAUAAAUAAAUUACUUUUGAUCUCGGGAUGGGGAGAGGGGGGGAUCGUUCACGCUUUGCUAUCAUCGUCGGACCUCGAGCUAAACCUUGACCAAACAAACGUUUAGUUCCUAUCUCUUUCCUAGAAACUUUCCAAAAAAAACCUCAUCCUCUCUCACUUCUCCAGCCUCCUCCGGCACGGCGUAACAAAGGGUGGGCCGCACUGCGAUGGUCACCUACCGAUCAAGACCAAGUCCCAAACGGCGAGCAUGAUGCGCAUCUACAGGAGCCAGCAGGCCGUGGAGGAUGGUCGACGGUUCAUAAACCACAUCACUGACGUCAUAGCGAGACUGAAAAACGCGGCCAUCUUGAAGCAGAAGUUGGCCGAAAAAGUGCAGCUCCUCACGGAGGCAGGUUACACCAAGAACGAUGUCCAGGUAGCUCAAAAGAAAUCAGUAAAUUAAAAAGAACACUUAUAAUGUUGUUAAGAAUGAUUAACAAAAGUCCCAAACCGAGACAUUCGCCACCAUCGUCUCCUCCCAUUGGCUACUCCCAGGGCGUCUACACAGAGUGUGUGUGUGUGGGGGGGGGGAGAUCCUGCUUCCAACCUGAUUGGGUUAAAAAAUUCUCUCCCCCGGGCCGGUCACUGAAUGUUACCCUACCCCUGUCUGCUUUUGAAUUUAUCUAGUUAACAAAUUAAAAUAUAGGUAGGACAAAAUAGAAAUAGAUUUAGUUUUUGGUGGGAAUGUGACGAAAUCACAAGGCCUGAAAUUUUAGACAAAAAUGUUGGUUCCCUAGUAUGCACCAGUUUUCUGGCGACUGUGCUACGGUUCACAGACACGACCAUCCGCCCGCCACCCGAAGAUUGAAAUUUAAGAAUUAAAGCUGAAAAAAAUAAUGAAAUGCCUACUAAAAUUGAUUUUUUUAAACAACUACUCGAUUGGAGGACAAAUAUGAGGGACUACGUUCUAGCCAUACAAAGUAAAAAAAAAAAUAGUGGAACAAUAUAUAAUUAAGCUUGACAAAAUAAGACAGUAAAAUUAUAAGUUCGUUUCGCCUAAACGCCUUCUUCAGCAGAAAGGUCAAAACGAGAAGCAGCAAAUAAAUACUAAUGUAAAACUUAUGUGUUCGAAGAUUCUGAUCAAGGUGUAGUUCUCAUAGUCUGUGUUUAGAUUUGCCGACAAAUUGUGAAGAAUUGUUGAGCUUUUAGCGAAAUUGUUAACUUUUGUUAUCUUUCUUGAGCAGUUCACAAUGUUCUAAAAAAUGUAAAUGUAGUUUUUUUGUAUUACUAAUAUUAAUGGUCCAGGGGUAAUUUUUGUGUGGGGGAUGGGAUAGGCUUCCACCACUCCAAAGGCGUAGCGAGUGUUUGGCGCCCAGGGACGAGAUUCAUUUUAAAGCGCCCCCUUUUUCUUUUUUCAACUCUCAAACCCAUUAUUUUCAUCAAUAAAUUAGUAUAAAAGCACAUUUUGGCCCCCCAACUGGUUGGCGCCCGGGGACUUAUGUCCUCGCAGCCCCCUUCGCUACGCCUCUGCACCACUCAAAUUCCACUGGUUUCAAGUCUAAAAAUUAUGAUAAGCCUAAUAAUACGUGAAAUUUAAAUAGCUCCUUCGCGUUUUAUUCAUCUUAAUAAUAAAGGCAACAGUCUUUACGAACUGCGACAAAAACACAUAUAAAAUACAUUAGAAGAAAUAUAGAAGAAAUUAGAAGAUAAAUCAAACGAUAUCCUGAUUUUACAGCGUUUAAAUAUAUAUAUAUAUAUAUAUAUAUAUAUAUAUAUAUAUAUAUUGCAGAAGAGCUGUAAAACUGCGUUAGCUUUCAUGGCGGAGAAUCUACCGAGCCAGUGGUCGGCUGCUGCCGAGGCUGCCUGGAAGUACGUCCUCGCCUACAUACAACAGCAAGGGAUUCACUGUUACCGGGUUUCAACGGGGAAAUGUAAAAACAAGUUUUCAAAGUUGCCCCCGUUGAUGAACCGGAGCAGAAAUACAAAGGUGUUUCUCCCAUAGACCAACGUGUACUCUCUGGGAUCAGACAGAUGUCUGACUCGGGUAGCGGAUAGAGAGACAAGCGAGAGCCAUCAUAGGCCAAACUGGAAACGAUGAACUUAACGGAAGUGGUUACCAUGACAACAGUCUUACAACACAACAUUUUAUCGAACCAGACUGACUCAAAUUCAACAUUCAAUUUCAUUUAUUAAAGAUUACAUUGUUGUCAUGUUAUUGUUCAUUUGGAGUUUGUCAUGUUGUGUCAUUGGUUUGCAUAAUAAGAGCUUACAAGGUC